AUUCCAAUCAAUCAAAGUUCACCAGGUCCUCAUAUGGAUUCACCAACCUUCAUUAUGUUGACCCCACUAUGGAUAAGUCCCGUGACAUUUUCUGCCCUUCCGUUCUUUCUCGUAGCCUCUCUCAAACCCUAUCAACAUGUCCCAGACUAAGUCUGCUUCCAGCCAGGGCACUGAUGCCAAGGAUAAGGGAGCCCCUGCCCCUCCUGCAUCUAGUAAGGCUACCAAGACUGGAGAUGCUGCAAUGGGCGACUACAGAAUGAUGCUGUUCGACCAAGAGAACUUCCAGGGCAGAAUGAUGGAGCUCCACAAUGAGUGCAUGAACAUUUGUGACGGUGGAUUUGAUCGAGUACGCAGUAUCAUUGUCGAGUGUGGCCCAUUUGUUGCCUUUGAGCAGACUAAUUUCCGUGGGGAGAUGUUUAUUCUGGAGAAAGGUGAGUAUCCUCGCUGGGACACCUGGUCCAACAGCUACCGCAGUGACUGCCUCAUGUCGUUCAGGCCCAUACGCAUGGACCCCACGGAGCACAAGAUCUGCCUGUAUGAGCUGUCUGAUUUCCAGGGCAAUAAAAUGGAGAUCCAUGAGGAUGAUGUCCCCACUCUCUGGGCACAUGGUUUCUGUGACCGAGUGGGCAGCGUGAGAGUUCCCGGUGGGACUUGGGUGGGAUACCAGUAUCCAGGCUACAGAGGCUACCAGUAUCUAUUUGAGUGUGGAGACUACAGACACUAUAAUGAGUUUUGUGCCUUCCAACCUCAGAUUCAGUCUAUUCGCCGUGUGAGGGACAUGCGGUUUCACCAGCGUGGUCGCUUCACCCUAACUGAUGCUAAAAACUCAACCAAGCCUUCUGUGGAGUAA